GUAUGUGCGCAAGAAUCGGUGGGCAAAGUAAUUUUCAAAAAUAACUGAAAAUAUAGAAAAGUUUGAAUUGCGAUUUGUUUAGACUUUACACUACAUUGAACUGUUUGUUAAAAUUAAAAUUAAUGUGUUUGCGUGCGCGUUAAAAGUCAGUUAAUUUGUGAGCACAUUUGGGAAGCAGGACUGCGCAAAAAGAAGAAGCAUUUCGUGAUUGGCGGCUGUUCGUUUGAGUGUGUGCGUGUUUCUCUCUUUGUCGUGUGUGUGUGUGUAUGUAAGAGGCGGUGCGGCGCAAGAGCAAAAGGAGAAUUCGCAAGAUAGAAGAGCCAAGAAGCGGCGUGUGAAUCACGACUAAGCGAGAGCACAAACUGAAUCACAUCAGUUUUUUUUGGUUGGCAUCUUUAAAAAAAUACGGAGAAAUCGAAAAACUAAAAACACACAAGAAGGAAAAAAAAAACACCAAUAGCAAUUGAUUAUUGCAAAAGUUAAAAAGCAGCUGCUGCAUCAAAAUGGAACACGAGGAUAACGCGCACUUCGACAAUUUCUUGCAAAAUCGCCUUGCGGAGAGUCUGCAAAACGCUGGCAGCGCCGGCAAUGCGGUAGACGUUGCUGCCGAGCUGGUGCCCAACAUUGGCCCCAAGUCUGGUGAGCACGAUGACGACGAAGAAUGGAAGUACAUAAAAGAAGUGCAGCAGAGCGAAAAGCAACAACAGCAGCAGCAGCAGCAGCAACAUCAAUUCUACGGCGAAAAGUUUAGCGACGCCGACGUCGACGUCGCCUUUGGCGUUGGCGUUGGCAAUGGUAUUGGUAUUGGUGUUGGCAACGGCAACGGCAACGGCGUCGCAGUUGGCAGCAGCAGCGACGCGUACAUGUCGCUCGGCAUGGACUUGAGCCUGGGCAAUGGCGUUGGCAGCGCAGCCGGCUUCAGAGCAGCUGCUGCUGCUGCAGCUGCCGAAGAAGAAGAGGACGUCGAGGUGAUUAAGCAUGAUGGCGACUUUUCAAGCAACUCGAACACGACCACAACUUCAACCACGGGCGAAGUGGAGCCGCAGCCAAAGGAGGUGUCGCUGCCAAAAGCAGAGCAACUGCAGCCAGAUGACGCGGACGCAGAUGAGGAGGAUGAGCCAAGCUCCGUGGCAACCACCUAUGGCACUAGCAGUCUCAGCGAACAACAACAAGAACCGGAACAACUAGCCAGCGAUGUACAAGCAGAACACUUUGAUAACAAGGAGAAUGUCCAUCCAACUGGCCAGGAACCGGCUGGGCUAGAUCUGGAGCUGGAUCUGGAGCCGCACUCGCAACUAAAUCCCAAUGCUGUUGAAUUUGUGCCACACUUUGGCUCGCAGCCAGCUUCGCCGGCACCUGUCGAGCCACUGCAGACGUUGGGGCGCCAACUGUUGGCCGACGAUCUGGUCGCUGAGAGUCCACGCAAAGGAGCACGCGACUGCAACAUGGACACCAUUGCGCUGCCCGAUGAGUGCGAGUUCGACAAUGGAGCCGACAGGCGUCCGCACGAGCUGGAGCAGGAGGAUGACACGUUCCCCGGCGAAGCGGAUCUGACUACCGCCGAUCAGCUCCAGAAUGGCAGCGAGAUCUAUCAGCAGCUGGAGCAGCGCAUCGAUCAUGGUCCGGAGACCAGCGUUGAUUUGGACGCCGACUUGGAUGCAAGCUUGGAGUUGCAGGAGUCACAUGAAGAUAAGAACUUUGUGCCCACUCAGCUACAAGACGACAUUAUGAAGCAGUCCAUUUACGGCGAAUCCAACUCGAAUGCCCCAAUUGAAGACAUAUUGAAUUCGGUGCAAACGCUGCCGCAGCAGACGCCAGGCGAGGAGCCGCUCAAGGAGAAGGAGUUGCUCAAUGUGGAGGAGAAGGAGCUUGUUUCCCAAUCGCCCUCCAUUGAGGAGCUGCAUCAGCAACAGCCACGUCAGCUGAUCGAUCCCAUGCAGGCCUCUUUCUAUUUGGAGCACACCUCCAGUGAUGCAUUCGCUCAACAGGAUCACGAUCAUGAGCAGAGUCUGCUACUGGACACCAGUGCGCCCAUGUUCAGUCCGGAUUCGCCAGAACACGAAGAAGCGGCUGCAACAGCCACGACCACCACGCUUGAGCUCCAGCCAGAGCAGGCAGACAUUGUGGACAUAACACCGUCACCUCUGUCCUCCUCCACCGAGGAGAAACACCUUGUCGAAGAAACAAAGGAGCAGCAGCAGGAGCCACUCUUGUUCUCGGACCACUUGGACAAUCAUUUCAAUGCCGGUGCUCCGCCCCAGUUGCAGGUGGAGAAUGCUGAUUUCAUAACAGCUACCGGCUUUGGAGUCCACAAUAAGGAGGAGCCAGCUGAGGCCAGCAAUCCAUUUGAUUUCGAGGAAGAGAAGCUGCCUAAGACCGAAGCGCAAUUUUCAAACGAGCUGGACAACCAGUUCAUGCUGCAACAGCAGGAGCAUAACUUCCAGGAGGAGCCGCAACAGUUCUUCCAGGAGCAGGAACCAAAUUUCCCGGAGGAGAAGGAGCAGCAGUUACAGGAGGAGCAGCAGCAGCUGAAACACAUUCAAGAGGAGCAGCAGCAGCCGCUUUUCCAGGAAGAACAGCAGCCGCAUUUCCAGGAGGAGCAGCAGCAGGAACAGCAGCUGCAUUUCCAGGAGGAGCCGCAGCCGCAUUUCCAGGAGGAACAGCAGCUGCAUCUCCAGGAGGAACAGCAGCAGUACAUCCAGAGAGAGCAGCAGCAUGACGAACAGCAGCAACACUUCCAGGAAGAGCAUCAGCAGCUCUUCCAGGAGGACCAGCGCCAGCAGGAAGACUUUAUACCCCAACCGCAGCAGCGUCUCUUCCAGGAGGAGCUGCAACAGGUGGCGGAGGAACCAGCUUUUAAACAAGAAACACAAGCAAACUACGACGAACUGAAACUGCAGGAUGAACUCAUCGAGGAGGUGUCAUAUUCGCAUCCUCUCAACACAGAGCCCGCACCCUACACAAAUGGCCUGGCCAUCAUUGAGACACCAGAGCCAACACCCGAAGCACACAAUGAGGAAGCGUCAAAGCCUGUGGCCGACAUUGAGCCGCUUGUGGAUCAGCCGGUCGUACCGGAGCCAGCUGUGGAACAGAUUGCUGAGCCUGUGCAGCAGGAGACACCUGCCGUGUUGCUCAGUGAGCCCAGCGAGCCAGCUGCUGCUGAGGAGCCAGCCGAGGUGGCACCAGUGGCUGAUGUACCCGUUGCUGCAGUGGCUGCUGCAGCAGUUGCAGCUGCAGCAGGCGCUACUGUUGCAGCUGUAGCUGCUGCUGCUGCUCCUGCUGCCAAGCCCAAGAUCAAGGCUAGCCCCACUGAUGCAGCCAAGAAGCCAGCCGGCAAGACUGCAACAACUACAACUACAACCGGCGCAGCAGGCAAGGCGAAGCCGUCGCCUGCCGCAAUUACCAAGAAGAGCACAGUGGGCGCCACAGCAUCUGCUGCGUCCAAGCCGGCCGCAACACGCCCACGCACCGCUCCGGCUGCUGGCGCAGCCAAAACAGGCUCUUCCACAACAACAGCAACAACUACAACCACAACAACUGCAGCCAAGACGGGCAGCGCAACCGCACGCAAGCCGCUGACGGCCAGCAAUGCAGCUGGCAAGCCGGCACCGCGUUCCACCAGCAGCACGCUGGCCGGCGCACGCCCGGGCACAGCACCGGUCAGCAAGACCGCCAGCAGCCUGAGCAAGACCGCUGCCAAGCCGGCAACAACAGCCGCUGCACGGAGCACCACCAGCACCGCAAGCACAGUUCGCAAGUCAGCAACCGGCACGAGCAGCAAUGGCACCACAGCCACGGCCACAGCCACCAAGUCGCGGCUGCAGGUGACGGCCAGUAAGUCGGCUACCACCAGCAGCAGCACUGGCUCCACCACACUGGCUGCCAAGCCGAAGACGCUUUCGCCGCGCAGCACCUUGUCCUCGACGCUGCGCAAAACGGCGCCAGCCACUGGCACUUUGUCGGGAACGCGCAGUCCCACUAAACCGCUGGCCAAUGGCGCGCCCAAGCCCAGCACAACUACCAGCAGCAGUACCAGCAGCACUCGCAUCAGAUCGGCCGCGGCCAACGGCAGCUCCGGCAGCAACACGACAACUUCAACAACAACAACUACGACCAUUACAAAGAAUUUCACGGCGCGUCCGGCGCCCAAGUUUACACACUCGGCGCCAGUUGGCAGCAGCACCAGCAGCACGCGCCGCACCCAGCUGUCCGCGGGCAGCGGUGCUGCCGUCGCCCAGCGCAAGUCGUCGCCGCUGAAGAAUGCUUCCAGCAGCUCGCCGUUGAAACCGAAAGCCAAAGAAACCGCUAAGACGUCACCAGCCGCUGGCAUGAAAAUCAAGCGACCCACAACAACAGGCACCACACCGGCCAAGGCAGCAGCCGCUGCAGCAGCACCAGAAGCAGCACCAGGAGCACCAGAAGGAGCACCGCCAGCAGUCGAGAUUGAGCCAACAACUCAUGCUGCCAAUGGCAUAAACGAACUGGAACAGAAUGGAAAUGGCUUGCACGAUGCUCUGGAGGCGGCGCAAGAGGCGCUGCCCAAUGUGGAGCCACAGCAGCAAAAUCCGGAGGUGGCACUGCUAGAUUUCUAGGCGGACUCCAAGCUGCAGCCGAAGAUGAGUUGAUGAUCAUAUAUGGAGAAAAAUAAAAAACUACUUUACUAAUAUUAUAAACAUAUUAUGAAAAAGUAUUUUGCGCAUGAAAAGCGAACUGCGAAAUUUGCGACCUCUUUACUUCACCUGCUCCUCUUCCUCCACUCCUCCUCCGCUCCUCCCAAUUCCAAGUUGUGGCUCAGUGGAGCGUCCACUUUUUUACAUGUAUGCCUUCCUUUCCAAAUACUAACGCCACCAUUCGAACAGCACAAUUACGAUCUUUCCAAGCCCAAAGUCGAUUCGAGUUUUGUGCUAUAUUUUGUAAAGGAUUUUCCAUUUGUGUGCUCGCUUCUUUUCCUCAUUUACAUACUUUUAGUUCAUUUUUUUUAAUUUUAAAUAUUAUAAUUGUUCCUCACGCUCUGUUAUUUUUGCUCUCAUGUAUUAAACGAAAUUUUUAAUGUGUCUAUUUCUAAGUUGAAAACAAGAACGAGAAUCUUUGGAGCGCAAAAAACGAAACGAAACCAGAAAAAAAACACACAAAAAACUAAAAGUGUUUUCAUAAGAAACCACACA